AUGAGGAAUCAAGGGCAAUUCAUCCUCUACUUUCUCCUGGCUCUUUUGUCUGCUUGCACGAACUUCUCCGAGGCAGGAAAUGGGACUCAAGCUCCUAACCUCGCGCGCCUCAUCCUGGUCGACCCGUCCGGGAAGGGAAACUUCACGAAGAUACAGGACGCCAUUGACGCCGUGCCGUCGAACAACUCGGAGCUCGUGUUCAUACGAGUUGAGCCGGGGACAUACCGGGAGAAACUCGUGGUCCCGGCGGACAAGCCUUUCAUAACUCUGAGCGGGAAGAAGGCGUCCAGCACGAUCAUCACAGGGGACGACAGUGGGGACAUAUUCGGAUCGCCUACCGUUUCCGUCUUGGCUUCUGACUUUGUCGGCCGUUACCUCACAAUUCAGAAUACUUUUGGGUUGGGAGCAAAAGCGGUGGCGUUGAGAGUGUCCGGAGAUAGGGUGGUGUUUUCGGCAUGUAGAAUCACAUCUCACCAAGACACAUUGCUCGACGAUGUCGGAAGGCAUUACUACAGGAACUGCUACAUUGAAGGCGAUGUUGACUUCAUCUUCGGCAACGCCGCUUCCCUCUUUCAGAAAUGCCACAUUAAUUCGGUGUCGCGAGGAGGAGGGUUCAUCACGGCCCAGCACCGAGCAUCGCCGUUAGAGAACACGGGUUUUGUCUUCUUGGGCUGCACAAUCACGGGCCUCACCAAUACUUUCUUGGGCCGCCCGUGGGGCCCAUAUUCGAGAGUCAUCUUUGCCCUCUCUUAUAUGUCUAGUGCCGUCCUCCCCCAAGGAUGGGACGACUGGGGUGACUCAACCAAACAGAGGACGGCCUACUAUGGGCAAUAUGAAUGUUACGGACCGGGGGCCGACACAUCAAAGAGGGUUCCCUGGUCUCGCGUCCUUACUGGUGAGGAAGUGUCGCCCCUCUUGACGACGGAUAUGGUUAACCAACAAAGCUGGUUCAGAAAUGCUCCAACUAUAUUCAACUGAGACUAACGUCGGUUUGAAGAACGUUGUCAAAAAUAUUAGAUGCGUACUUAUGUAAUUAGAUUUACUUUAAUUUGCUUAGUUGAAAAUAUGUGAUGGUGAAAUCCUUUUCUUUGUUUAAUCUCGACCAUGA